AUGGUGUGGAAGGCAACCAAAGCAUCGGGCAAAUCUCCCUUCCCUGCCUCGGGCCAUUCCAUUACGGCCAGGGACAAGCAGGUCUAUGUCUUCGCUGGCAACACCAACAAGACGACACACGCCAAUCUCUUCAUUCUCAACACAGGUGGUUUGAAGACGUGGACCGACGGAGCGACGAGGGGCCAGGGACCCACGGAGCGACAGGACCACAGCUCCACUAUCAUCCAGAACAAUAACAAGGACCACCUCUUCAUCUUCGGCGGCAAGGACAAGACACACAACUACAACGAGGUCUUCCUUCUCAAUGCCGACACGUUGGCGUGGUCGCGCCCUCGAUGCACGGGCACGACGCCGCUGCCGCGCUCUGCCCACUCGGCGGUGCCGCUCGGCCCCAACAAGAUUCUCCUGUUCGGCGGCAAGUACCUCAGCCGUCCCCUGAACGAUCUCUACCUCUUCGUCAACGAGAGGACCAAGAACGACUGGAGCAUCAUCAAGACGCAGGGCACGCCGCCCAGCCCGCGCUUCAGCCAUGCCGCGGCCAUGUGGAAGCACUACAUGGUCGUGUUCGGCGGAUCCGAUGGCAAGAACAUCUACUCCGACGUUCACCUCCUUGACACCAACACCUGGACGUGGACCCAGCCCCAGGUGAACGGGUGGAUCGCUCCUCGUACCGCCUUCGGCGCCGCUAUCGCCGAGAACAAGCUCUACGUAUUCGGCGGCCAGAGCGCGCACGGCGCACUCAACGAUCUCCACUACCUCGACCUCGGUGAGUUGACACUUUCUCCCCAGCGGCAGCGCCAGCGUUUCGCUUGA